UGGAGCCCUUGAAGAGACGAUGAGUUGGUUUAUUGUCAGAGACAGGAAAACCACGCUGUCUAACCGGGUUUGUUCCAGGCUGUUGACCCAAAAAGCAGCCUUCGCCUCUGAAACCUCAGACUGUCUGACAGAUCAAGUCCCUUGUGCUGCAACGUUUUCAUCCCCCCCAGACUGCACUGAGAUGAUGUGACAGGUCUUGUUCCCUGUGCCUUCCAGUGACUGUACCCACCGCCGAGGCCACCAUGCAGGAGUGCCAUACUGCGUUGUGUCUGUCUGUCUACCUUGUCACCUUUUUGACGGGCCUCCCAGCCAACGCUGUGGCCUUCUACACCUUCAGCAAGAAGGUAAGGCAAAAACCCACGCCCAUCGACAUCCUGCUCCUCAACCUGACCAUCUCGGACCUCCUCUUCCUGCUCUUCCUGCCCUUCAAGAUGCAGGAAGUCACGAACAAUAUGACCUGGAGUCUACCCUACAUCCUCUGUCCUUUAUCUGGCUUCUUCUUCUACAUGACUAUCUACGUCAGCACCUUAUUCCUGACAGCGGUCAGUGUGGAGCGCUACCUGGGCGUGGCCUUCCCCAUCCAACACUCGCUGAAGCGCCGGCCCCUGUAUGCCGUGGUGGCCAGUGUAUUUAUCUGGGUCUUCUCCGUCCUCCAACUGAGCAUCGUCGUCAUCAUGCCCUACUACAACCCACCGCAAGACUCCCUCAGUUCCACAACCAACUCUUCCAACAGCUAUGAAUUCUCAAACGUCUCCAAUGCACCUCUUAGUGACGGCAACAACAUUGCGUCUUCCAGGAAUGUGUGCUAUGAGGGCUUCAGCGAGAAGCAACUGGCGAUCCUCCUGCCUGUGCGUCUGGAGCUCUGCCUGGUUCUAUUCUGUGUACCUUUCCUCAUCUGCAGCUUUUGCUACAUCAACUUCAUCCGCAUACUCUCCGGCCUGCCCCACAUCGGGCGUCGCAGACGCCUCCGUGCUAUCGGCCUGGCUCUGGGGACACUGCUGGUGUUUGCCUUCUGCUUCGGCCCCUACAACGUCUCCCACAUUGUGGGCUUUAUAACCAGGAAGAACCCAGACUGGAGAGACAUGGCCUUGCUCUGCAGCACCUUCAACGCCUGCUUGGACCCCUUCAUCUUCUACUUCUCCUCCUCAGCUGUCAGAGGGACCCUAGGGAGUAUGUUGCAGGGGGCCAGAAUCAGGCUGGCCAAGUGUAUGUUCUGUGGCUGUCACAUCCACUGGUCUCCUUGGAAUGGAACGAGCGAGCCUCAGAAAGAUAAGGGACCCAAACAAGUAGAGAUGAAUGCUAUCUGAAGUUAAUUGAAUAAGGCCUGUAUUAACUGAAAUGAGAUAUUGUGCUCCUCAUGUCUAGUGGCAGGAUAUGAGUGCUCUGAUGUUUAUGUUUUCACAUUUUACUGUAUCUGUG